AUGAAAAAAUCUACGCUUCUAGUUUCUGUUAUACUUUUUUAUUCAGUGAAAAUCUCAGUUGAUGCCAAGAUCAAAACCUACAAAAGAUAUAAAGCUCCACAGUUCAGCGAUGCCCAAUCAAAUGACGAUGAAACAGAAGAGUCAAAGUACUACGUGGAUAACGAAUUCCCAAUGCUACCGGGAGAACUAGAUCUGUACGACCCGCAAGCUCCCGGUGGAUUGCUUUCCCAAAGUAGGCCACGCCAACCCCCACCAUCAUCAUCGCCAACACCUUCGGCAAAGCCUACUAAGCCGUCAAGGAAGCCCUCAAGAAGACCAAAACCAACCGGAAGUGGUCGUAAACCCGACAAAGCAUGCGAUCCCAGUAAGCCACGUCGAUGCAAGGUGAAAAUCGUCAAGACAGAAAACGUCAAAAUCGCUGCACCCCGAGUGACGGAUCAGGGCGUUUUUCCGACCGACGCGAAGCGUUCCAAAGGAACCUUCUACGAUGCCGAUGGGAAGAAGCUUGAUCCAGUUAGUGCAAACAGUCGAUUCUACGUUUUUGGGAAAGUCAACAGGAAACGGGUUUUGAAGGAAGAAGAGGUGGAUCACUUGGAGGGCGAUUCGUAUGCAUUCAAUCAUGAUGCUAAAGUUAGUGGUCUUACGGUGGAAAUUUCCGUAACAUUGUACACGGAAUCGUCACUUCAGCUUGACGUUUAUUCGAAUGGAACCAAAAAAUUAACGUUCCGAACUGGCAAGGAUGAUAUAGCUUCAUUGGAGCUCAAGUGGUAUGGUUAA